AUGCUUUUUGUCUUGUUCGCCAUCUUUGCGCCUCACACUUUUGCAGACUGGCAAUAUCUCUCACGUCCAGACCUAUCUCCUCCGAGACUGAAUAUCACAGUCCCUGCGCACUCUUCUGUUGCACCAGGCUAUCUCUUUCUCGCCCAGUACCUCGGCUUCCAGGAAGGUAGUGUUGGCCCCGAGCAGCCAGGAGCUUACAUCUUUCGGGAUGAUGGGGACCUUGUCUGGUCGGGAUUCGGAUACUUGGCCGGCUGGGUAGCUGACUUUGGUCCCACGACCAUCAAUGGAAGCUCAGUGCUCAGAGCCUUCCAGGGCCUUUUGGACUCACCACACGGGCGUAUGCACGGUGAUCAUAGCGUCUUGAAUCAGGACUACGAGACUGUUAAGAUUUUGCGGGCGGCAUCGCAUCGACUGGUGUCUUGUCAUGAAUUUCAAGUUGUUGACGGCGGCCGCUCAGUCUUGAUUGAAACGCCUGUAUCUAUCCCGAUGGACCUGAGUGCGUAUGGCGGAGACGAGGAUCAGAAGUGGAUUGUUAGCAAUGGCUUUCAAGAGCUUGAUAUUGAGACGGGAGAAUUAUUUUUCGAAUGGUAUAGCGCGGAAAAUGUUACUCCGAACCGCAGCGCUUUCCCAUUGGAGUCUGACGGUGCCUUCAAUGCCCGCAGCUCCCUUGACGCAUGGAACUACUUCCACAUCAACAGUGUCGACAAAGACGACCAAGGGAACUACCUGGUAUCCGCACGCAACUUCGCCGCCAUCUUCAAAAUCAACGGCACAAGCGGACAAGUACUGUGGCAACUGGGCGGCAUCGGCUCCGACUUUGACGUACCCGAAAACGCCAAAUUCGCGUAUCAGCACGACGCUCGUUUCCGCUUCCGUUCCAAUGACGGUACAAUCGAGCGCAUCUCGCUCUUCGACAAUGCGGACCACUCGGCGCCUGGCCGCUCUAUCAACCCCUUCUCGCGUGCACGAUAUAUCGAACUGGAUCAUACUACAGAGACAGUACGAGAGGUCCAUAACUAUCGACCUCCUGAUGAUCUUGUAACGCACUCGCAGGGGAAUGUUCAGUUCGUACCCGGUGGGAAUGUCUUUGUUAACUGGGGCCAGGCCGGCGCUGUUACCGAGUAUAGCAGGGACGGCCAGGUGUUGUUCCAUGCGUAUCUCGACUCGCAUCCGAACAAAUACGUCCAGAGCUAUCGAGGAUUUAGAUCUCCUUGGACAGGCCACUCUAGCGAGGAGCCUGCUGUUCUAGCCCUAGCUGAUUUGGUCGGUCAGCGGUCAAACUACGUGUCAAUCUACGUAUCGUGGAACGGAAAUACGGAGACUGAGGUGUGGCAAUUCUAUGCUGCAGGCGAGAAAGCAAAAGAGAGGUCUCUAGGAAUGGCGAAGCGGACUGGCUUUGAGACGAGUUUUGAGAUAGAUCUUGGGCUUGCUCUGGUGGAGGAUUGGAGUGACAUAUCUGUAAUAGCCGAAGCGCUCGAUUCGAAGGGUAAUGUAUUAGGCCGAAAUCAAGCACCGUACGCCUCUAGAAAGAAUUGUCAGGGUCAAUCGUGCGUGGACUUUGGUGCCGUUCCGGAACGCCUAGAGUUGUGA